CGGGAGAAGCUCUCAACAUGAAUGCUGCUGACAAUGGGGUCAGUAGUCUCUGUGCAAUAUGUGGAGACAGAGCAACCGGCAAACAUUACGGUGCUUCCAGUUGUGAUGGGUGCAAGGGAUUCUUUAGACGCAGUAUACGGAAAAGUCAUGUUUAUACAUGCAGAUUCAAUCGGCAAUGUGUUGUUGACAAGGACAAAAGGAAUCAAUGCAGAUACUGUCGUUUAAAAAAGUGUUUUCGAGCAGGAAUGAAAAAAGAAGCUGUACAAAAUGAACGGGACAGGAUAAGUACAAGAAGAAACACUUUUGAUGGCUGCAACAUUCCCUCUAUUAGCACACUGUCGCAAGCUGAGACACUGUCCCGUCAGAUCUCAGUCUCCAGUCCUGGUGCUAGCACUGACAUAAAUGUUAAGAAAAUUGCUGGAAUUAGUGAUGUCUGUGAAUCCAUGAAGCAACAACUUUUGGUACUUGUGGAAUGGGCUAAAUAUAUUCCAGGCUUCUGUGAAUUGCCAUUGGAUGAUCAGGUUGCCCUGUUAAGAGCGCAUGCUGGGGAGCACCUGUUACUUGGAGCAGCAAAAAGGUCCAUGGGGUAUAAGGACAUUUUACUUUUAGGUAACAAUUACAUAAUCCAUCGCAACAGUUCUGAAGUAGAGAUCAGCCGAGUGGCAAAUCGGAUUCUAGAUGAACUAGUUCGACCCUUCCAGGAAAUUCAAAUAGAUGACAAUGAGUACGCUUGCUUGAAAGCAAUUGUAUUUUUUGAUCCAGAUGCAAAAGGCCUGAGCAAUCCAGUCAAGAUUAAGAACAUGCGGUUCCAAGUCCAGAUCAGUUUAGAGGAUUAUAUCAAUGACCGCCAGUAUGAUUCCCGAGGAAGGUUUGGAGAACUUCUGCUUCUACUACCUACACUCCAGAGCAUCACUUGGCAAAUGAUUGAGCAAAUACAACUGGUCAAGCUAUUUGGAAUUGUUAAAAUUGACAGUUUGCUUCAGGAAAUGUUACUGGGAGGUACUUCUAAUGAUGCCAGUCAUAUACAUCAUCCAGUACAUCCUCACCUAGCACAGGAUCCAUUAACUGGCCAAACUGUCCUCAUAAGUUCAAUGUCUGCUCCUGUACAUGCAGAACAGAUUUCAACUCCAGAAACUCCAUUACCUUCCCCUCCUCAGGGCUCUGGACAAGAGUACAAAAUGUCUACGAAUCAGGCCUCAGUCAUUGCACAACAAUCUAUUUUGAAACAAAAACCAUUGUGAUAAGGUUUCACACUCUCUCUCUGUCCCCGUUCCAUCCUUUUUAUGCACUAGAUAAAUUUUUAGGACACUUGCACAUUUAAUAUCUCAGGAUACCAAAGGAGAUUAUUCCCUCAGCAGCCACUACUGUGGGUAUUUCUUGUGACGUUUCUUUCAUGAUUCAGGAACUACUAAUCUUCUCACUGCAACAUACAAUUGUAACUAUGGGUAAUGCAGUCUGAGAAACAUGUGUAGAACUGGAUAUUAUUUUUAGAUCUUUUUUAACUGCAGAUUCAUUUUUUUUAUUUCUUGUUUUAGUUGUCAUCUUAAUAUUAUUGUUUUAGAUGUGUAUAUAAUUUU